AACAUCACGAUGAACGGCCUCAACGGCGGCAACGUGUCCGCGAUGGUGGCGGGUUAUCCGACGCCGGCCGGCUAUCAGGCUGAAUUGGCAUACAUCUACAGUAUGGUUGAUGUCUUAAGCCAGCAAUUGGCAGAGAACAAGCGGGCCCUCGAAGACGUGGUUUCUAGCGUUGGCCGGGUCAGGAGUCGAGCAAGAGCACAGUCGCUGGGCAAUGAGGACUUGAUAUCUUCCGCAGUCGAUGAGCUCGAAUCACAACAAGCGAAUAUAGACACCACCAUCUCCCUGCUCACUGAGCUCUUUGAACGCGCUAAGUGCAGCCGCGACGAGUAUCGCCAGCUCUCUCAACAGUACGCUUCCGUGAUCGCCGCCAUGCUGAAGCAAUUCCACGAGUACAAACAGAAGCACGUCGCCGACGUCGCGGCGUGGCACCGGUCAUACCGCGCGCAGCUGGCCGAGGAGCGCGCCGAGAACAUGCGGCUACGCGACCAGAUCUGGGAGAUGCAGGCGCACGCGGGUAAGGCCAACGAGAACCUCAGACAUUUUCGCAAGAAGUACGACGAGGACGAGACACGCUGGGAGCGGCGCGUAGACAUGAAGUCCGUGCGGCAGGAGCUGCGCUUCUGGAAGCGGAUGGCGAUGCCCGAACUGCCAGACGAUGAUCCAUACUGGAGCGACGAUGACGACUUGGUCGACUCGGUGGAGAAGCUGCGACUGCAGGAGAUAGAGAGAAGGGUCGCCGACGAGGCGCUCGCGGGUAUGGGCAACAUGGAACAAGGACUCGCGGGCCAGGACCUGGACCUGCCGCAGGGUUUACAAUCUCCAGCCAUGAUGGGAGGCGUGCCUAUGCAGAGGGAUGACUCUGGCGCGAUACCAGUGCUGCCACCACGGCCAUCCAGCGCGGCGAGUACAGGCUCCUCAGGACAGCCAAGCUAGCUGCGCUUGUCCACAAGGGUGAUGUGACCUGAGGAUUCGGCUCAGAGAGAGAGAGAGAGAGAGACAGCAUUGCAUUAUAACUUGCACGCAUCGCAACUGCUUCACGAUACCAUGUUAGAAAGACUACGACACUAAUACACUCGACAAUGAGAACAGAUGGGCAAAGAUGAAAAGCUUGGCACUCCUGGAAACGGCCUCUCUUAUUACUUUCCUCGAGAGCAGACUUCGAGGAGCUAGAGGGUAUAUUUGUUGAACCUGAGAAGUCCAAGUGGCGUUGCAGGGGAUUAUUUGUUCAGAGAAAGUGGCUAUUCGGCUGACGGAUAUGUAUUUUCGUGAUAAAUAAACGAAUAACCUG